AACACUUCCUGGUUGAGUGCAGAAGAACAUGAAGAGGACUGCACACAUAAACAUAUUGCACAUUCUCUGAGGCCUGCAAUGGCUGGAGCUCCAUCCUUGCUUGUCUCCAUUCUGGAUGGACUGUUGGAAGAUGACCUGAAGAGAUUCAGGUGCAAUCUGUCACAUGAUGUGGCAGAGGGCUUUAAACCCAUCCCAAGGGGCCAGCUGGAGAACAGGGAUGUGCGAGGCACUGUGGGUCUGAUGGUGGAGGCCUAUGGAGAAGAAGGGGCAGUGAUAGUCACUCUGUAUGUCCUGAGAAAAACAGACCAGAAUGAUCUCGCUCAGAGACUGGAGCAAGACUACGGCAUUCACUUUGUGGAGAGAAACAGGAUUAAGCUCAUUAAUGGAGUCAGAAUGGUGAUACCCAUAGCUGAUGAGCUACUCCAGGAAGGUGUUAUCCAGCAGGAAUGCUACGAUUACAUCAAAGAGACUAAAACCCCUCAGGAACAAAUGAGGAAACUGUAUGACAAUGUGGUUGCAAAGGGGCAGAAAGCAAAAGGAAUCUUUUACAGAAUACUGCAAAAGAAGGAACCUCUUCUGGUCUUCGGGGAAACAACUGGAACCAGAGAUACUGAUCAGGCCAAGGCUGUAAUGCAGAAGGAAUUAAAGGACAAUUUCAAGUCAAAGUAUGAGUGGAUUUCUGAGCAACUUGCUGAGCAAGGAAAUCAAACUCUCCUCACCAGUAUUUACACAGAUCUCUACGUCACAGAGGGUCACAGUGAGGGUGUCAAUAAGGAACAUGAGGUGAGACAGAUUGAAACAGCAUCGAGGACACAGACCACACAAGACACUGCAAUCAACUGCAAUGACAUCUUUAAACCCUCAGCUGGACGACAGAAGCCCAUCAGAACUGUGCUGACGAAGGGGAUCGCAGGCAUUGGAAAAACAGUCUCUGUGCAGAAGUUCCUUCUCGACUGGGCAGAAGGAAAAUCCAAUCAGGAUGUUCAUUUCAUAUUUGACCUUCCUUUUCAGAAGCUGAAUUUGAUCAAGGAUGAAAAACACAGUCUGCAAGAACUUAUUCAGUACUUCCACCCAGAGCUGAAAAAGUGUGCAAAUGUUGACUUGGAAAACUGUAAAGUUCUGUUCAUCUUUGAUGGUCUGGAUGAAAGUCGCCUGCCUCUGAAUUUCAGAGGCAAUAUUGAAUGGUAUGUUGUAACAGAGUCAACAUCAGUGGACAUACUGCUGACGAACCUCAUUAACAGGAAUCUGCUUCCCUCUGCUCUCCUCUGGAUCACCACCCGACCAGCAGCAGCCAGUAAGAUCCCUUCCCAGUGGGUUGACCGGGUGACAGAGGUACGAGGGUUCAAUGAUCCACAGAAGGAAGAAUACUUCAGGAAGAAAAUCCAAGAUGAGAACCUGGCUGAAAGACUUGUCUCACACGUAAAAUCAUCCAGGAGUCUCUACAUCAUGUGUCACAUACCAGUGUUCUGCUGGAUUGCAGCUAGUGUUCUGAAGAAAAUACUGGGUGAAUCAGGGUACCUGAGUGGAGAACUCCCCAAAACUCUGACUGAAAUGUACACGUGUUUCAUCUUCAGUCUGACAAAAUUCAUCAGUCAGAAGUAUUCCACUGACAGUGGAAAAGGAGAGACAGAGGCACUAUCUGAGUCCAACAGGGAAUGCAUUCUUAAGCUGGGAGAGCUGGCUUUUCAACACCUGGAGAAUGGCAACCUCAUAUUCUAUGAAGAGGACUUGAGAAAGGUUGGCAUCAAUGUCAGUACAGCUUCAGUGUACUCUGGGGUGUGCACAGAAAUCUUUACAGAAGAUGUAUCUACAAAGUUCUGCAAAGGUAGAGUGUUCAGCUUUGUACACCUGAGUGUUCAGGAGUACCUGGCUGCUCUGUAUGUCUUUCUUUCAUUCCAAAACAAAAGAAAUCUCCUCAAUCAAAGCUUCCUUGGGAAGUUAACCAGGCUGCUUGAACCAUCUUUAUUCAACUUUCACAAGAGCGCAGUGGAUCAGGCCUUACAGAGUCAUACUGGACACCUUGACCUUUUCCUCCGAUUCCUUCUUGGUCUCUCGCUGGACUCCAAUCAGUCUCUCAUAGGAAGCCUUCUGACACAGACAAGAAGCAGCUCACACAGCAUUCAAAAGACUGUCCAGUACAUUAAGAAGAACAUCAGAAAGGGUUUAUCUCCCGAGAAGACAGUCAAUCUCUUCUACUGUCUGAAUGAACUUCAUGAUACUUCCCUUGUGAAGGAAAUCCAGGGUUAUCUCAGCUCAGGAAGUCUUGACGAGAAAAAGCUCACAGCUGCACAGUGGUCAGCUCUGGUUUGUGUGUUGCUGACAUCAGAAGAGGACCUGGAUGAGUUUGACUUGAGCAAGUACAGCGCAUCAGAUGAGGGUCUUAUCAGACUGCUGCCAGUGGUCACAUUUUCCAGAAGAGCUCGGCUGGUUGGGUGUAAUCUCACAGAGGAAUGCUGUGCUGCGCUAGCCUCAUCUCUCAGCUCACACUCCUCACACCUGAGAGAGCUGAACCUGAGUGGGAAUAACCUGCAGGAUUCAGGAGUGGAGCUGCUCUCUGCUGCAAUGGAGAAUCCACACUGUAAACUGGAGAAACUGCAGCUGGUUGGGUGUAAACUCACAGAGGAAUGCUGUGCUGCGCUGGCCUCAGCUCUCAGCUCAGACUCCUCACACCUGAGAGAACUGGACCUGAGUCGGAAUCACCUGCAGGAUUCAGGAGUGAAGCUGCUCUCUGCUGCAAUGGAGAAUCCACACUGUAAACUGGAGACACUGCAGCUGCGGUGGUGUAAACUCACAGAGCAAUGCUGUGCUGCGCUGGCCUCAGCUCUCAGCUCAGACUCCUCACACCUGAGAGAGCUGGACCUGAGUUUCAAUGAGCUGCAGGAUUCAGGAGUGAAGCUGCUCUCUGCUGCACUGGAGAAUCCACACUGUAAACUGGAGAAACUGCAGCUGGUUGGGUGUAAACUCACAGAGGAAUGCUGUGCUGCGCUGGCCUCAGCUCUCAGCUCAGACUCCUCACACCUGAGAGAGCUGGACCUGACAGGGAAUCACCUGCAGGAUUCAGGAGUGGAGCUGCUCUCUGCUGCAAUGGAGAAUCCACACUGUAAACUGGAGACACUGCAGCUGGGGAGCUGUAAUCUCACAGAGAAUUGCUGUGCUGCGCUGGCCUCAGCUCUCAGCUCAGACUCCUCACACCUGAGAGAGCUGGACCUGAGUCGGAAUCACCUGCAGGAUUCAGGAGUGAAGCUGCUCUCUGCUGCAAUGGAGAAUCCACACUGUAAACUGGAGAAACUGCAGCUGGUUGGGUGUAAACUCACAGAGAAUUGCUGUGCUGCGCUGGCCUCAGCUCUCAGCUCAAACUCCUCACACCUGAGAGAGCUGGACCUGAGUUGGAAUCACCUGCAGGAUUCAGGAGUGGAGCUGCUCUCUGCUGCACUAGAGAAUCCACACUGUAAACUGGAGAAACUGCGGCUGAGGCAGUGUGGAAUCACAGAGAGAAGCUGUGCUUCUCUGGCUGCAACACUGCGCUCAAACCCCUCACACCUGAGAGAGCUGGAUCUGAGAUACAAUAGCCUGCAGGAUUCAGGAGUGAAGCUGCUCUCUGCUCUACAGAAAGAUCCACUCUGUAAACUGGAGUCACUGCGGUUUCGCUAGUACUGACUCCAGAGCAAAACUACAGUUCACAAGGGUGUAGAAAUAAACCUCCCUCUUGUCAGCAAGAUGUGUGUCAGCUCAGACUGGAGCCCAGCACAGCACACAAGGAGAGCUGUCUCUGUCUGAGCAGGACAGGAAGGUGACACGGGGGAGAGAAGAGCAGCCAUGUCCUGAUGGCACAGAAAGAUGCAACUGCUGUCCCCCAGUUAUCAAUAAUGGAAGCAAUGUUUAACAUGUCUUCACAUAUUCUAAUCAUAACACAAAUGUUGUAAAUGCAGACUUUUAAUGAUCUAACAGCCUUUUACUGUGUUUUUUUGGCACUCACUCAAAUUAAGGGGCAAAGUACAACAGGCACCUUAGUCAAAUAAAACUGGGUUCCAGUGUAAAUGCAGAUGCCACUAAUCUCACCACAGGUGGCUGCUUCUCCUGACCUCUCUGCUCUGGGCUUUGGCUCCACGUCCUGCACAGAACCAGACUCACUUCCUGGGCACAGAGAUGCUUCAGAUGAGGGAAAAUAUCUUUCACAGAUACUGUGUUUGGAAUAUGCAAAGUGACAACCAUUCUGACGUUGAAAUGAUUUACUUACAGAAGCAUGUUUUAAAGCUUUUAGCAUCUUUUUGUGUGUAUUAUUGUAUUGUCAAGUUGUAAAUUGUAUUUUGCUGAUUCUUUAUUUUUUGACCGGCUGGGAAAAUUAAAUGUAUCAGUAUUUUUGAUGUUUUCACGGCAUAUUCAAUAGGGGAUGUUGUAUCACUUUUUAUACACCCAUCACAGUUAUUAUCAUAUUAAUCAUGAUUAAUGUUAUAUUAAUCACAGUUAUUGACAUGGAUUAACUGGAGUUAUUGAUAUAUCAGCCAUUUACUCUAUCGCUACUAUGCAUCUGGAGGUCUGGAAGUGUAUAAGGGAGCCAGACAAUCCAAUAUGUUAGCCUUAAACAAUAUAUAUACAUCCUUUUAUACUUUGCAUGCAUGUGAGUAGAGUCUAAAAAAAGAAGGAUCAGAAGUGUAGUGUGUGGGAAGGUAUGCAGCUGUGAGAUAUCUCUAAGUAGAACCGAGAGGGAGUAGAGAAGAAAAGAAUUCUACAUGUGUGCUGUAAGUUACACAGUAAGGCCUGUGGUUGGGGAGGAAAAUGGGAGUUAGACACUGUCCAGACCCAGAAGGACCUUGAGUGCAAGAUAAAAAUAAUUGGACUCUGUGAGGAGGGGGUUGCAAAUAUUGGGACUCUUUGUCUGUUCAGUGCUAUACAAAAGACUGCUUAGUGCCUUAUGUUUUUUGAGAUGCUCUCCCUGAUGCUGCCUAGUGUGCAUGUAUGAGACUAUCUCCUGCAGAUCUGCAAUAAAAGUGGCCUCUGCUUAUUAUUGUAUGGUGUUGUGUUCCGUCUGCCUAAUUUUUGAACCCGCUGUGAUUUAUUAACUGGCAUUGAUUUUAUAACUGUAAAUUCAAUUUUUCAAUCGGCAGUCGUCCUGUCAUGCCUGUAUCUAUGUUUAGAAUGUACACGAGACUGCCUGUAUCUUUGAUUAGAAUGUACCGGUAGGCUGCUCGAGAUGGACAAGCCAUAAUAUCAACGGCUCUCACAGCAUAAUAUUGACGGUUCUCUCUGGACAAAAAAAGACGGGCGUACUAUUUUAGCCACAAAGAGUUGGAGGCAUUAAUCGUGUCAGUGGAGGAGAGGAAACACCAACUUUUCGGGAAGUUUUCUUCUAAAUUAUCAUCCCAGGAUAAAGACUUGAAGUGGCAAGAGGUGGCGGGUGCAGUCACAUCUGUGUGCGGAGUUUUGAGGACUGCGGACGCAGUUUAAAAAAAAAGUGGUCUACCAUCACCAGCAAAGCAAAGAAGAGGGGUGCUUUAUUAAAAAAGGACCAAGGGAAGACAGGUGGAGGCCAGCCAGAGGUGAAGCCACUGGCUGCCUCAGAGGAAAGGAUCCUUGCCGUGAUGGGAAAGGUCUACACGGAAGGGAUCUCCACUGGCUCAGGUCGGACUGCCAGAGCCAGCUUUGCCUCCUGAAUCAUUGACAGCGUCAGUUGAGCCAGAGGUCAUCCUAACGCUGGUGUCAAGUUGUGAGGACGAUGGGACAUUGCCACCACCAGUUGUACUUCUAUCACCUGCCAAAAAGAAGAGGACUACCCAAGAGCCCCGCAAUAAGACUGCCCAGGAGGAGCUCCUCGACUUGGAGAGGGAGAAGGUGCUCCUGAUGAAAGCACAACUGGCAAUAGAAAAGAAGAGAUUGAAAUUGGACAGGGAGAAAUUUGAAUUCAUGAAGGCACAUUGUAAAAGACAGGAAGCUA